UUUGUUGAUUGUUGGUUGCUGCAGUCAUUUUACUUUUAACUUUCGGCUUGCGAGGUGGACGUUUUCAAAGUCAAGUGCAGGCAGUGAAUUUGUUAAAGAGCGACUUAUAAAAAUAAUUAAUAUGAAGUUUUUGUUGUGUUCAUUACUUUUUGUCGCCGUUGCCGCUAUUGGAGCGCAAGCUGGUGAAAUAAAAGCCGAAGAAGGAGUUUUGGUUUUAACUAAAGAAAAUUUCGCUGGAGCAAUAGCAGACAAUGAAUUUGUUCUAGUUGAAUUUUAUGCUCCAUGGUGCGGUCACUGCAAAGCUCUUGCUCCAGAAUAUGCCAAAGCUGCCCAGCAAUUAGCUGAGCAGGAAUCUCCAAUUAAAUUGGGUAAAGUUGAUGCAACCGUUGAGGGUUCAUUGGCUGAGGAAUACCAAGUUCGUGGAUAUCCAACUUUGAAAUUCUUCCGUAGUGGCUCGCCAAUAGAAUACAGUGGUGGUCGUCAAGCUGCUGAUAUUAUUGCUUGGGUCACAAAGAAAACUGGUCCACCCGCCAAGGAUUUGACUACUGUCGAAGAAGCUGAAAAACUCUUAACUGAUAAUGAAAUUGCCAUAAUUGGUUUCUUCAAAAAUACUGAAUCAGAUGCUGCUAAAGCUUUCAUCUCAGCUGCAAGUGCUAUGGAUUCAUUCAUCUUCGGUAUUACUAGUAAUGACGACGUGAUUGCAAAAUACGAAGUUGAAGAUGGUGCUAUCGUUUUGUUCAAACCUUUCGAUGAAAAGAAAUCUGUCUUCCAAGGUGAAGUUGCUUUGGAUAACAUCAAGAAAUUCGUACAAGUGCACUCUCUGCCAUUGAUUGUUGAAUUCAAUCAUGAAUCAGCAUCUAAAAUCUUCGGUGGUUCUGUCAAAUCACAUUUGCUAUUCUUCGUUUCAAAGGAAGCCGGCCAUAUUGAGAAACAUGUUGAACCUCUCACAGAUAUUGCCAAGCAAUACCGUGAAGAUAUCUUGUUCGUUACCAUCUCAUCCGAUGAAGAAGAUCAUGCUCGCAUAUUUGAAUUCUUCGGCAUGAAUAAAGAAGAAGUGCCAACUAUUCGUCUUAUUAAAUUGGAAGAAGAUAUGGCUAAAUACAAACCCGAAUCAAAAGAUCUUUCUGCUGAUACUAUCAAGGAAUUCUUGCAGAAAUUCAUGGAUGGCAAACUUAAACAACACUUGCUGUCACAAGAUUUGCCUGAAGAUUGGGACAAGAACCCCGUUAAAGUUUUAGUUGCUAGCAAUUUCGAUGAUGUUGCUUUAGAUAAGAGCAAGGAUGUUCUUGUUGAAUUCUAUGCUCCAUGGUGCGGACAUUGCAAACAGUUGGCCCCCAUCUACGAUCAAUUGGGUGAAAAAUACAAGGAUAAUGAGAGCAUCGUCAUUGCAAAAAUGGAUUCAACAGCAAACGAAUUAGAGCAAAUCAAAAUCUCAUCCUUCCCAACAAUCAAAUUAUUCCGCAAGGGUGACAACAAAGUAAUUGAUUACAAUCUAGACCGAACUUUUGAUGAUUUUGUCAAAUUCUUGGAUGGUGGCAAAGAUGAAACAGAAGAGGUUAAGGAAGACGGUUCUGAAGAAACUGAAGAAGAAGAGGAAGAUCUUCCCAAGAAGGAUGAAUUGUAAAUUAGUUUUUCAUAAUAUAAAUACAAUAGUAAACAAACUACUACCAACAGCAAAACCACUCAAAGAAACAUUCUUUUUGUAUAGAUGCAUUUUUUUAAAAUAAUUUUCUUAACUAAAUUGUUCUAGCCUUUAUAAGUAAUUUUUAAAUUAGUUCGCUCUCUCACUCUCUGAAUAACUUCUUUUGUUUAAUUUUUUUUUAUGAAUUAAAAAGUAAUUAUGUUUUUUGUUUGAUGCAUUAAAUUUUUAAUUAAUGCGAGACAGAGAAUAGAAAAAGUGCGUAUAUAGUUGAUCUAUUUUAGCAGAAUUCAGUAGAAUUAUGGUAAAUACUUAAAAUAAGUUCGUUCGCUUUUAUCUAAAAUGAAGCGGAUGGAGAGUUAAGAGUAUAACAUGAAUUUUUUUUAUUUUAUUAUUAAGGUUUUUUAAACUUCCAACAUAAUUUGUAAAAAUGAUUUCUAAUUGUACAUUCAAAUUAUACUUAAAAAGAACUGAUUAUAAAAAAUUGUAAUUUCAACAAUUAAAGGAAAACUUAAAAAUAAAAUAAAAAUUCUACAAAC